AUGGAGGGUUCUAUGCAAAUUGAGUUAAGAAAUGCAUUGGAACAAGGUUUAGUAGAGAAUGAAGCGUUUAAGAAUGUGGAUAUUCAUUCAUUAAGUAAGAGCAUAGAAGAGGAUUUUCUUAAAGUAAUGUCAGGUAAAGAUAAUAGAAUAAUUCGUCAAAGAAGGUUUGAGCUGAUGAGUAACUUGAAACGUCCAAAUAACUCAGAUUUAAGACGGAGAAUAUUGGCAGGAGAAAUGUCAGUUAGAGAAUUUGUGACAUGCCCUGUAAGUGAAUUGGCACCAGAUUCUGUAAAGCAACAAAGGUUGGAGGAGCAGAAAAGGUAUUUUAAAGAGGAAUGUAUUUUAAUGAUGAAUGACAGAGAUUCUAUUGAAAUUAAUGAGAAAAAAAGAAACAGUAGUUUUGAUGAUAUUAAUGAUGAAAUGACUGAAUACAAUAUUGAAACAUCUAAGGAUUUAUCAGAAGAGUCAGGAAAUGACACUUUAAUGACUAAGAAAAGUAAAAGAUUUAAAAGUGACAAAAGAGUUCUUGAAAUAUUUCCUGAUCUUCCCAUUUCUUUGUCAGUUCCUCCAGAUCUAUCUCAUAUUACUCCAAGAUAUAAUCUAAAUAAAUAUAUCGACAAAUAUAAAGAGAUGAUUAAAGAUGUAAAUAUUCAAAGUGAGCUGAUAAAACAAGCAAAGUUAAGAAUUGUAACAACAACUUAA